AUGGCUACGCUUCCUUCCAAGCCAAUCGCCGAUGAUGUUAGCUUAUUGGUUGUGUUGAUCGAUACCAAUCCGUUCUUCUGGAGCACAUCCUCGUCCUCUCUCAAUUUCCACCAGUUCGUCUCUCAUGUGCUGGUUUUUCUCGAUUUAAUUGUGCGACUGAGCCAACUGAAUCAAAUCGUGGUCAUUGCUACUGGGCAUAAUACCUGUGAUUACAUUUAUGACUCGUCGUUGGAUACGGAUCAGGUCACCGGGGAAGGCGAAUUGCCUGCUUUGUACUCUUUUGUAUUGCAGAGAUUGGAGGAGUUCGUGAACAAGGAUGAGAAGUUGGGGGCCAAACAGGAUGGUUUGUCAGAGAAGAGGGUUUCUUCGUUGCUGUCUGGUUCGCUGUCGAUGGCCCUCUGUUAUAUACAAAGGGUUUUCCGGUCUGGGCCACUCCAUCCACAGCCUCGAAUAUUGUGUUUGCAGGGAUCUCCAGAUGGAUCUGAGCAAUAUGUGUCGAUAAUGAAUGCAAUCUUCUCUGCACAGCGCUCAAUGGUGCCGAUAGAUUGUUGUUAUGUUGGUUCCCAUAAUUCUGCCUUCUUGCAGCAGGCUUCAUACAUAACAGGAGGUGUAUAUGUUAAGCCCCAACAUUUGGAAGGGCUGUAUCAAUACUUAGCGACUGUGUUUGCUGUCGACUUGCACUCGAGAAGCUUCUUACAACUGCCAAGGCCAGCUGGUGUAGAUUUCCGUGCUUCAUGUUUUUGCCAUAAAACAACAAUCGAUAUGGGCUAUGUAUGUUCUGUUUGCUUGUCAAUAUUCUGUAAGCAUCAUGACAAAUGUUCGACUUGUGGGUCGGUCUUUGGUAAGGCUCAGUUAGAUGCUGCAUCGGAUCGCAAGAGAAAGGCCUCCGAAUCAUAG